AUGCUCUUAGAACUUCCUCCUGAAUUAUUACUGCUUGUCCUUCAAAAUACCAGCACCCCGGCAUAUUUACAAGUCACGGUUGCUUGUCGUGCUCUUUAUGAAGCUGCGACAAGUUGCCACAGUUUGGUCUUGCAUCAUGUAUACCAAACACCUGGUGUAGUCACAGGCGUGCAUUUCCUCGAGACAAAAGAACUAUUCCAAUUAUUGAUUAAACGCUCCUUUCGGCAAUUGUAUGGUGCAGAAUUCCGCGCAAGUUGCAAGGCAUUCGGUUUUGAGUCCCAGGAAAUUGAUGUUCAAGCCUCAUCACUUGCGCCUUCCGGGGAUACGAGUCUUGCACUUGCCGUCAAGGGCCAAUCCGAUGUAUUCCUCUUUAACGCUGGAGACGAAGGAUUUAUUUCACCCCGGGCUCGACUGAAAGUGCCAGAACAGCAUGAGCAGCAAUUGGGGGUAAUGGAGGUGCUCAAGACGACCGUUCGUGGGGAGCGUGAUGUUUACGUCCUUUGUCGGUUUACGCCCAAUAUAUAUGAAGAUGGUCCAGAUGCAGAUCAUCCGUUUGUCCAACAAGCACUACAGUCGAGGCAUAAUAGGACGGUCGUUCUGUUUCAUUUUGAAAUACAGUCAUCUGAUUACCAUAUUCGGACGUGCUAUUUACCGGAUCACUCUGAAUAUGAGGCCUUGGCCAUUGCGGUUGCCGACAGGGACACAUUUGCUAUCUCCUGGCAGCAUCCUCGAGAUGAUCAUGAUUUUGAUGUUGUCCUGUACAAUGUAACGGAUGAGGUACCCGAUAAGGAUACAAACAUAAUCGAAAUCAAUUACGACUCGUCAAAUCUUAUUGAUGAAAGCAGACCGCGCCCAGUUGGAGGGCCAGUGAUAGCUCUUAGCUUCAACGACAGAUCAAGUCAACUACUUUACUACCACCGGGCACAAACUUUAUAUGGGUCUUAUCAACAUCUGUCGACAUUUGACCUACAUUGGAAUACAAGCACAGUGCAGUUUUCUGAUUCCUUGAGUCUUCCUUUCUCAAUCUCGAUUCCGUUCUUUGGCACGCACAGAACACACUCCCGCGACGGUAACCCAAUGUGUAAUUGGAGGUAUCUCUCUUUCGGGAUCGCCAAACAUCGAGAAGAGAACUGGACUGUUGCGUGCUUAUUGAAGUCUGAAACAUUCUGCCAAUCUCGCAACUGCGGGCAUGUUUUGAACCUUGACCGCGGGCGACGACUUCCUGAAUGGACAAUAGUUGGGCACCUCUGCGGCUAUCAAGUCCCAACAAGCUCUCUCGGUGGCAUUGUUGCUGCUUCACCCCGCGGCACGCGCAUCGCAAUGGCCAACUGGAAUAUCAUCCACGUCUGGGCAUUGGAGCCUAAUGCACUUAUCGGAGAGAACAGCGAUGACUUCUAUCGACCAUCUUCGCGAUCAGAAAACACUGGAGCGGUCGAAUUACAACCCAUUGUCCUUCCGCUAGAAGCUGUUUGUUUCAAGCUGCGAUUCAUGGAAAAUGAAGAUGAGUUGUUGGCCCUCACAGAUCGCGGCGUGAUGUAUUGGGACAUCAGCCCGUUGGCUAAAGGUGAAAAGACGAUUCAUCACUGGCCCUAUAAUUGCUCGCUUGCUUGA